ACCUUACGCAGCAGCUGUUGAUGUCGCAUUGUAUGAUGAGAUUUUGCAAUUUCAUAUUUUGAAAACCUAUAAUCAAUCUACCACGCAAAUAUUACCAGCAAGGAAAAAACCGGUAAUUGAAUCAAAAAUCUUAUCACAUGAACAAGCAAAACUUAUUUCCAAUUGGAUUUAUCAACAUCAUAAUGAUUACUCGGAAAAUCAACCUUCUAAUAAUAAUGGUGGUGGUGGUGGUAAUAGUAAAUUAACAUCUUUGUUCUCAUCGAAUAGCGGUAAUAAGAGAAGUAGCAUUGAUUCAAGAAGAUCAAUAAUUGAUGAAAGUGAUGGCACAGAAGAAGAAAAAACCAAUGGUAAUAAUAAUAGCAAUAACAGCAAACUUUAUGAAGGUAAUUUAUUGUUAAGAGGUAGCGUAGACAGUUUCACACCUGGCUCAUUUCAUGUAAGAUGUGACGCGAAAGGGCCAACCAUCACAAUAUUUCGAUUAUCUGGCGGUGGUAGUGGCAGUGGAUCAUCGCAAGUAAUUUUAGGUGGCUACACUUCAGAAAACUGGUUGUCGUUGAACGAGGCUAAAUGGAUGAAAUGCGACGAGAGUUUUUUAUUUUCGUUGAAGGAGAAAGAUACGAGAUCAUUUAAAAUUUCACGAAUUAAAGAAAAUCAAGAUGCAAUGUAUUUGGACAGAAAUUCAGGCCCACAUUUUAGCGAUUUGCAUCUAUUAAAAAAUCCUAAUAGUGAUAACAAAAAGAAUGAGGUGAAAUAUUCGCAGUUAAAAUAUAGCAAGUCUAUUCACAAAAAUGGUACUUUUACAAUCGACGAAUAUGAAGUUUUUCAAGUUGUAAAGAAAUAUUAA